AUGGAGGAACUAGUCGCGAUGCAGCAGAUUGCGUUGCAGACAGUGGCUAAAGCCUUGUCUAAUUUCAAGAAGAUCGGGAAGCCGAAUUACACGCCGGCGAAAAUACGAUCUCGCAUCACCGCCUUGAAGGAAGCCUGGACGCAGUGCACGAACGGGCAUGCCGCUCUCCUGCAAGCAGUUCCUGCCGACGAACGACCGAAGUCCACGUAUUUCACUCAGGACGAUUACGGGAAACACGAGGAGUUCUACCUCAUGGCGCUGGACUACAUGAACGAGUGUCUGGAGGAGCUGGAGCCUCACGUGUCCUCCUCACCAUUGGCAAGCUCGUCGCAUCACUUCUGCGCGCCCGCACCGGUAUCGUUGCAACAUUUACCGCCUAUUAAUAUUCCUCCAUUUACCGGGAAAGCAGAGGACUGGGAAACAUCGUUAAAGAGAUUAAAUCGAUCCUCGGAUGAAAUUUUAAGUGACAUUCUAAGUCAUCACGUUACGCAAAAGCUCGAUCCAGCAACGCGGAAGGCGUGGAGAUUAAAGGGUGAUGAUGCUAUAAUUCCUACGUACGAGGAUCUCAAUCGCUUUCUCGCGAAUCGCGUUCGCGCGUUGGAGGAGCUCACUCCCCUCGGCGCAGCCAAGUCCUCGCGAUCGGUAAAGUCAUCGAGCGCCAUGGUAGCGACGGCUUCGAUCUCGCCGUGCCCGCUCUGUAAAUCGGCCCACUUCUUGAAUAAGUGCCCUCAAUUCAUGCAGAAGAGUUCGAGCCAGAGAUUGGAGAUCGCGAAACAGCAUCAACGAUGCGUGAAUUGCUUCAGUGCAAAGCACGCCGUCUCCGCAUGUCCAAGCCGUUUUUCAUGUCGUCAUUGUCAAAAGCGACAUCAUUCCAUGCUCCAUCUCGACUCGGUCUCUUCCGCUACUGCGACCGUUAGUGCAUCCAAUUCCGAAGCCCCGGCGUCGAUCAAGUCCGAUAAAUCUCCGAAAACAGUGGCAUUAUGCGCGAUGUCGGCAAAUCUCGCUCGACCGCCGGUAGUCCUCGCCACUGCACGCGUAUCCGUCGGACCUCUCGCUGGUCGUCAAGUCGUUGCACGAGCAUUGAUCGACACCGGAGCGGAACUCACACUCAUUGCAGCUCAUUUAGCGAAGAAAUUAAAACUGCGUCGAUUCAUACUGCCUACCGCCUUGUCCGCCGUCGGCGGCCUUGACGCGGGCAUACAUCGUUACGCCGCGCACAUUAAAAUCUCACCGAUCGACGGGAUCGAGCCGCCGGUCAUUACCACAGCGACGAUUCUAAGUUCGCUUGCUAGUUACUCGUCAGCGUCUAUUCAAUCUCCUCUUCAAUGGGAUCAUCUCGCGGAUCUCACUCUCGCAGAUCCAAAUUCUUCAAACUCAGAUCCCAUUGAUCUAAUAAUCGGAGCUGACAUCUACGCAGAUAUAAUGCGAAAUGGGGUUUGCAGGGGAGCUCGCGGUCAACCCAUUGCUCAGGAAACGAUCUUUGGCUGGAUCGUUCAGGGCCGCACGCCUCUGUCGAAUUCGUCCCGUCGGACCGUUACGGUGCAACAUUGUACGAUCGCGGAAUCCGUUUCACUUGAUAGCGAAUUGAGACGAUUCUGGGAAAUCGAGGAAAUUCCGAGGCACACGAUACUCAGCCCGGAAGAGCAGAGAUGCGAGAAUCAUUUCUUAACCUCUCAUUCGCGCACUCCCGCCGGUCAGUACGUUGUUCGUCUGCCAUUCAAAAAUGAUCCUCCCAUCGAUAUUGGUACCUCACGCGAUAUAGCAGAGCGAUGCCUCAAGACUCUGCUACGCCGUCUUCAAGCCAAUUUCGAUUUGAAAAGGGAGUACUCAGACUUCCUCCAAGAAUAUGAAAAUCUUGGGCACAUGCGCAAGGCUCCCGAAUCUUCAGAAUCUUCUCAAUUCGUCUAUAUUCCGCACCAUCCCGUAAUACGCGAAAGCAGUGCGACGACUCGAUUAAGAGUCGUAUUCAACGCGUCGAGCCCCACCUCGAAUUCUUGGUCACUUAAUGACCACCUUCUCGCGGGACAAAAAUUGCAAACGGACUUGGCUGCGGUGCUUUUACGCUGGCGACAGUAUCGUUACGUUUAUUCUGCCGACGUAGCAAAAAUGUACCGGCAGAUUCGCGUCGAUCCCCGUGACACAGACUAUCAGCGGAUCCUAUGGAUCGACGAGAAAACCGGAAAAGUACAAGAGUAUCAACUCUUGACCGUGACCUACGGUACAACUUCGGCGCCGUUCUUGGCGCUGCGAGUCUUGCGGCAGCUCGUCCAUGACGACGGUCGCGAUUUUCCUCUAGCCGUUCUCGUGCUUCAGGAGAAUAUUUACGUGGAUGACGUGCUUUUCGGCGCGGACGAGAUUUCGCUAAUUCGUUCGGUUCGCAAACAAGUGUGCUCGUUGCUGCAGCGCGGUCAUUUCGAAUUAAGGAAAUGGUCGAGCAACGCGGCCCACUUGUUAAGCGACAUUGACACGCAGGAUCAUGGUCUCGCUUGCAGCAAGGAUCUGCAUCCGGACGAGACAUUAAAGGUGCUCGGUAUUAGUUGGAGUCCGUCGGCUGACGCGUUUCAAUUUAGAGUCGUGCGCUCUCCCUCGCCCGCGCGAACCAAGCGCGCCAUGCUUUCGUACAUCGCUCGCAUAUUUGAUCCGUUAGGCCUAGGCACGCCCGUUACAAUCUCCGCGAAGAUUCUCUUGCAGCGGCUUUGGCAGCUCCGCGUCGACUGGGACGAUGAGGUUCCCACCGAUAUCGCAAAGCAAUGGGAAUUCGUGCAGUCGUCCUUGCUAGAACUCGAUGACUUUCACCUCCCUCGGUGGAUUCAAAAGGGAUCGGAUACGGUCGACUGCGAAAUUCACGGGUUUUCGGACGCGUCUAAUUACGCCUAUGCCGCAGCGAUUUAUAUUCGGCUCACCUCUCGCUCAGGCAACAUCACGACUGCCUUGCUAGUCGGGAAGUCAAAGGUCGCGCCGAUCAAAACAUUGACUGUUCCGCGUCUCGAAUUAUCGGCAGUGUUAAUGUCGUGUUAA